AUGGCUCAGCAUAUGGUCCUCAGGAGAUUGUUGGCACCCAUCUUCUCUAGGAAGUUCCCUCAGUGUUGCCCAGUGCCUCUUGUUCCUGAAGUUCUGGCCCAUGGCAGCUCCAGCAGACCCUCUGCUGCUACACCCAGUUUGACCGGAUGGUUCUCCACUACCAAGAUCUCUAACAUUAUGUUUAACGUCCAGGAUGUGCCUGACUUUCAGGACAAAGUUGUCAACAGUGAGACACCGGUAGUUGUGGAUUUCCAUGCACAGUGGUGUGGCCCCUGCAAGAUCUUGGAGCCCUGGUUAGAGAAAAUGGUGGAAAAGCAGGGGGCUAAGUUGCUGAUGGCUAAGGUGGGCACUGACGACACCACAAAUCUAGCCAUUGAGUAUGAGGUUCCUGCUGUACCAACUGUGCUGGCCAUCAAGAAUAGGGAUGUGGUGCACAAGUUUGUGGGCAUCAAAGACGAAGACCAGCUGGAGUCUUUCCUCAUGAAGCUAAUUGGUUGCCGAGCUACACCUGCUUUUGUUUUCCCCAGGGCCCCCACCUGUCUGGCCCCCAUUGGCCCCUUCUGUGUCCUGAGGUAG